AUUGGUUGCUGCCUGGCCUAAGCUCUUAUAAAGUAACCCAAUACUCUGCCCAGAACAAAACUCUUCCAGAACAAUCCCAGCAAAUGCUCACUGCUACAGGGCAGCAGUGAGUCCUUAGCAAGCUGCUCCCGAUCUGGAUAGACUGUUGUUGGGGUGACUCAGGAGCUGCUUCACAAAAUGCAGGAAAAGUUUCCCAUCUUUAUCCUGAUUGCAUCUGAACUACUGGAUUUAUCUGGUGCCUCCAGAGACGAGCCUCAAGUCAGUGGAGCACCAGGCCUGGGCUCUCCCAGAGGAGCCCAGCUGAGAGCCGACAGCAGCCCGGUGCCCAGCAAGGAGCUCCCUGUCACAAGAGGUGACUCGGAGGAGGUGACGUUCCACUUCCAGACUGCAGGGGUUGAUCCUACCAGUGAAAUGACAGCUGACUUCAUUCCUGUCCACACACAGACAGCCACACUGCCUAAGGAAGUGGUUAGAAACUUGGAGGGGCCUGAUCAACUGUCUGCUUUAAAACCCCAGGAUGGAGACGCAUUUCCUAACGAUCUCCUGAGUAAUGUAAGUGUCCCCACCUCUGCACGAGGCUCACAGGCCACCACCCAUCCCGAACAGUCAGAGCGGUCGGUGCCAGGCAAAGCACAAACUGUCCCUGAGGCUGCUGUCAGCCCGACCAGCUCCAGUGCCGGGCUGCCCCAGCCCACUCCCACUGGGGGGGUGCACCAAGACUCUCGGGGGGUUGCAGCUGUCUCUCCUAUUCCUGUUAUCAAGCAGACAGAGGUGCCAAGUCCUAAAAUUUCUCUUCUGACUUCGACGGUAAAUUUCCAUCCUCCAAGAAAAGAAACAGCACCAUCUCCGUUUCCCACCAGCGUUAAGAUAGCUCUUGUAAGCGCAGGGGUGGGCCGGUUACCACCAUUAGCACCUCCCACUACCAAAAGGCCAAGGGACGCAAGUCCCCAAGUCCAGCCUGACAGCAGAGCUGCUGUGACACCUGCAUACGUGAAGAGGACUCGGAGUGUGGAUGCUCAAUUUACUACUUCUGCAUUCCCACAAAAGCCAGCUUCGGUGGGCCUUGAUGCAGCCUAUUUCAGAGUGACACAGACAACUGCUGUUCAGCUUUCCCCUCUUUUAUCUCUGAACCAAGAACCAGCAGGCAGUGAAGGCAGAAACUCAGUAACAGCUGUAAUAAAUGGCUCUAGACACACAACCCUAUUGCCCGCUCUUCAGCAGCUCCUGCAAGGCAAUGCACAGUCGUCUUCAUUACCGAUGCAUCCUGAAGCUCUAGGUCAUGACGAAUUGAUUCCACCUCCAUUUCAAGGGCCCAUUAAUGCAGCCGAUAAACCACAGCCUCUCCUCUUGUCCCAGACUCUCAACUGUACUAAACACCAUGCUUCACAUGACACCAACAGGAGCGCUCAGGAAAGCACAGUCCUAGUUUUACAAAGAGAUGCCGAUCACCUGAUGAUGACAAGUAAGCCUGAAAAAUCCAGAUCCUCUGAGAGCCUGCAGGCUUCUUCUAAUUCAUCUUCAUCAGGCCAGUCACAAACCUUCACGUUAAACCUCUCCCAAACUACUAGAGAGCUAAAAGGAGCAACAUCUCCACUCCUUCCAGGUGCAUCUACCUUUGAGAAGGCAGCCUUUCUACCUGUAACCACUUCUGCUGCUGUUCACGCAGCACUUCAGCCACUAGCUACAUCUGUUCCUUCCUAUGCUGGAUUGCAGCCGAUGGGUGUCCCCACCUCUGCUGCGAGAGGACUCCAUGUGCUGACUUCAUCUGCUGCUGCUGGUUCUGGGUCUCAGGUUCGAGGCAUUUUGGCCCAUCCCGGACCUCGGGAAGCAUUCGCUAUGAUGCCGCAGAUGAGCACAGUGGAAGAUUCCAAGGGACAGAAAAGUCUUCCACAUCAGGUAGAUAAGGCUGGUUCUCCUCCCCUGACUCCACAAGCCAGUGUGGUCUCCAGCCCCUCUGGACUGCAUGAUGAGAACCAGAAAGCUUCUCUUCACAGCUCUGCCCCUUCAGCCUCCCCCAUCCAGCACGCUGGCAGCCUGGAAGCUUUUGUUGCCAGACUGCACCCACCCCAUGCACAGGAAAGCCAGUCCAGCACAACAACAGCACAUCCUGAGCCAGCGGUACCUGUUGUUUCUGAGAUUCCAGCACAUGUGGCCCAAGCACUGCUGCAGCAGUUUGGUGCAUCGCAUGAUGCAGCUACCAAAAACCUCAGUGCUCUCAGAACCAAUCACCCUAAAAUGCUCCCGUCAUCCCUGUAUUUGUCCUUUUUGCUUAGGAAUACCGACGGCAUGAUAUGCCUGCUUCCCAUGCAAGAGUCCCCUUUGCCUGCAAGUUUCCCUAAUAUCAGUGUUGGGACUCUGGUUUCUGUUCAGCAAAUCCUGGCAGCAUCAAACUCUUCAUUAGCAGAUCUUGCAAACUUGCGAAAUGGGAGUCCUUCUAGCUUAAUUCUGGUUAAGCCUGUAUUUAUCCUUUUUGCCACGGACAGAGCAGACUUACAGAUGGUGCCCUCUCCUCAGGGUGAAGAUGACCACAAAAGCGCCCUCUCAUUCACAAACAAGCAAGGUCUGACCGUGGUUACCCAUGAACACAGCCAUGAUGUCCCAGAGAAAACUAGCUCCUCGUAUCCCGCUAGUGAGUCUCUGAGACCUCAAACUACUCUCUCCACUGCUUCUGACCAGCGAGCGGAGAAAGCAAAAGUAACUUCUCAGCCAGUGCUGACUACUGCGAGUUACGUGGCCAUCCCUAGUUCUUUUCAAGCCGCUGCCCCAGCAGCAGCUCGCUUGCUGGACCCACAGCUGAGGACGAGCACAGCAGCGCAGGCUCCUCACCUACAGGGGCUGCCCGAGGGGCUGCAGGCAGCUGCUGCUCCUUCCCCAGGGGCUGAGGUGCCUUCCCCUGGUGGGAUGGCAACCGAGCCUCCUGCCUCCCCGGGGUCACCAGUACUGGUGCCGGCGCAGCACAGCCCCCCUACAGCCCCCACAGGAUUUUUCAAAGCUGAAAAGCCGCUUUCUUUUUCUGUAACCCCUUUGCUGUCAGCAGUGGGGCUCACUGGUCUUCCGAUGCCGGCCCAGCCUCCGUUUACUGUCGCAGGGGCUGUGGAUCAGGUGCAGCACGGUACGGGACUGACGCUGCAAACCACCACCCAUGGCCAGGGCUCAGUGAGCCCGUCUUCUUCUGCCCGUGCACCGUGCACAGAUUGUUUGAGCUCAGCUAGAACUGUAAAAUACCCAUUAAAGAUGUCCCCAAACGUUGUGCCUUUGCAGGCCACGUCGCAAAGUCAGCUAAGAACCGAGUCGCUCCGAAGGCUGCUGUCACAAGUUCCAUUUGUACCCAGCACUGUGUCGGCUUUCUCAGUAUUUCCAGCUGGCAAUGAUGGCAGAGGCUCAGCAGCGGGCAGCACUGCCUCUUUUGGAGUCACUCUGCGUGCUAAAGCAGCACCCGUCCCCCCCACCUCUAUAAAGCCUGAUCUCACCAAGCACUUGGAAUUUAUUACCAUUGUGCCCAAGCCUGUUGUCAGGAUGGAGACCCCAACACCAGUACCAGCGCCUACCCUAUUUGCAACAAAGCUCAAAACAGCAGCUUCUGGGAAAUUGCUGGCGACCAGCACCCCCCCGAGGAUGUACGGCAGGUCCCCCGCGAGCCUGCCCUCACCGGUGUCUGCCCACGUUCUCCUGCCAUUGGCUGUGAAACGUGACCAAAGCAGUCGAGCACCUUCUGCAUUGUUCUCACCGGCCAACGUGGGAGAAAAUGGGAAACCAACUGAAGGCAGCGCAAGCCCGAGAAAAUUGGGAGCUGGUGGAUUCUUGGGAACCAGCACGUCUCUGCCAGCCGUGUUUAGCACAAAGACAGAGCAGCCCCCCGCAGCAGCUCUCGGCAGCCAGGCUGGUGUGGCUCCGGCACAGCCGUCUGUGGCUGCAGAGCCUGUGAUUGCUCUCGAGAGCGAGCCUAAAUUGACACAGACCACCUCGCCAUCUCCAUUAGCGGUGACUUCUCUCUCUGCGGCUAAGAAUGAUUAUAUCGCCACUUCAGUUAGCCAAAAGAAAGUCUUUUUCCUGCCAACAUCAGCUCUGCAAUCUGACCCGAACGUGGUGUUUCCUACAAUUGCCGUAAUGAGCAGCUCAGCUAAGGUCCCUGCAUCGGGGGCGAAGAGCGAGGGCGUGUUUCUGAAAGGGGACACAGCCACCGCCAGCCAGGUGCCUGGUCGGGCAGCCACGUCCUCGGCACCUCGGGCACGGGAGGAGAAGGUGCCCCUGGGAGCCAGCACGGAGCAGGAGGCUGGCCACUCCAGCCAGCACGCUGCUGGGCAGGCCACGGGGCCAUCUACAGCAAAAUCACUUUCUGUACCUGCGAGUAAGGUUACCAAUCAGCCAGCUGCCUUAAAUAAAGCAGCUGCCGAUGGUGCUGAGAUGCUCCUAACCAGAGACCUGAGCCCGCUGCCUCCAACCCCGGGGAGCCCCUCGCGUCCUGCGGGGGCCGUGGCAGCACGCACAGCAGCCAGCGAUCCUUGGCAGGGUGCUACGGCCACCGCACCCACCGAGGGGCUGCUCCCGGGCACAGAGGCCGAGGAGGAGGCCGCACCACACGGGGUGACCCACGGAGACCCCGCAGGCUCAGAAUCUGCUCUAAUGCCACCGGGUUCGGAGCCCAGGGCACUGCUGAGUGAAUCCCGGCAGAGGAGGGUUUUGCAGCAGGACGGUGCCGUUCUCAGCGGGAUCGCAGUUGUCAGCGACGAGGCCUGUGGCUCUGGCAACUACACCGUGCAGAUGAGCCUGCGCCCUGCGGCAGAAGCGAGUCCGGAGCUGCAGGGCUCAGCACCUCCCCAGGACGCCUUCCUGGCUUCCCUGGCUGUGCGGAGCAGCAGCAGCCAGCCCGUGCUGCGGGUCCGCUCCUGCUGCGUGACGCCGUCCAGCAGCCCGGGGGGCCCCGGCGCCGUGUGCUGCCUGCUCCCCAGGCUGCUGUCUGAAUGCAGACACAUCCAGUUACUGCAGAGCAGCGAGCCCAGAGCUGCUAGCUUCACCAUCCAGCCGUUCCAGAUGCUGAAUCACUCGGUGGCCUAUUUGCACUGCGAGCUCAAUGUCUGUCUGCACGGCAAACUGGGCUGCGAACAGGGCUGCUUUGACAGUGUGGAGCCGUUUCCCCAGCCAGGUGACAGGAACAGCCCUGGGCAGCUGCACAACCUGAUCUCGUUUGGUCCAGUUCUGCGAACCAAGGACAGGUUUCUCUAUAAACCUGUGGAAGGUCCUGAUUCUGCCAUGCUGGUGCCUGUUCUGCUGGGGUCCCUGACUGGCUUUGCAGUUUUGGGCAGUGCUUUCAUCAGCCUUUGGCUGCAUCACAGACGGAAAACCAAAAGCCUAGGUUGUCCACAGUUUGGAGAAAUCUGUGGCCUGUGAACUAGGAGCGGCUGACUUCUGCAGAUCCCACACCACAGCUACAACGAUCAGAAGAGAGAUUGAUUUUGCAUUGCACACUGUAUUGCUUUUGUAGAGCUUCUGCUGACCCAGGGAGCAAGCUCUCCAGCCUCUGCUUUAAGCGUGAAGGAGAUCCACAAGCUGCAGCAUGGAGAGGGCUGUAGGAGCAGCUCAGCUAAAAGGGAGAGCAGAGCUUAAAAUGCCAUAUGUGCAAGCACCAGCACACAGUCUGUUCACAGAAAUGGAAAAGUUGUCAGGGUGCAGUAGAUCUACCUAAAAUAAAGCACUAGACUAGAGCCAUGCCAUCAGGGAGACCAGAUUGUUGAGAAAAUAAAAAAACUCAAGGUUACUGGUUGGGAACAGGGACAGGAACCAAGAGCUUCAGAGAUCCAGCUCAGCAGCUCAUCUCAUUGGCUUUUCUCACGUCUCAGGAGCUGGGUCCCCUUUCUCUUCGCCUGUGCUCAUGCUGGUGUUCUCUUGCUUUUGGCGGAAGCAAGUUUCCAGUAUCUGCCUGUUAGUAAAAUCUACAUAAUGGGAAAAAGUUCAGCACGCAAAAGCUUUGUCCAUAAGUCUGCACUUCAGAGCACAUAAAAAACACCCCAUUCACCUUCUAACUCCUAAGGUUCUUUACCCCUGGGGCCAGGAUGCAGGCAGCAAAGGGGCCCUUGCCAGAGCACCUGUGCCAAAUGCAGCAGAGGAGCAGCUCACACUUCUACCUGGGUCCAUUUCCCUACAAGAAUCUCUGCAGAUCUGCUAUGUAGCUACAAAUUCUAGAUCAAAACCCGAUGACAAUUACCCUGCAGAAACACUAAUUAUUAUUUGCACAGCAGUAGUGCUAAGGAAAUCAGCACCACAUUGUAUUCGACAGUGACUUACUUAACCUACACAGUCCCUGUGCUAAGUUGUUAAUGCCAUUUAUGCCCCAGACAAGUGUCAUUAAACACUCUUUACAGCUUUCAAGGCAUAAAGCAAACUAAAAGCCUGUGUACCUCAUAGCUCAAAGAGUUUGGCUCUCCUGCGCCCCAGCCCUGCAGUUUAGCCGAAGGACUGCCCUCCUCCCUACAACAACAGGCUCUGCACCAGCAGCAGGGAGCGGAGGAGCGACACAGAAAGCCAUGCUGCUUUUUGCACCGACGUGCACCCAAAACACGGCCCCGUCUGAAGCACGGCAGCUUCUCAGGAACACGGAGAGAGGCUGGUCGUGGCUCAGGAGCUGGGCACGGUGCCCAAGCACGGCCAGGAGCAGAGUGGGGGGGACACAGGGUGGGGCUUCCGUGGUGGGACCAGGGCCCGGGGGGCAGCGGCUGCCUCUGGGGCAGGCGGGGAACUGUCGGGGUGGUGCUCAGCAGGCACCCUAUGGUAACAUGGUUAUGGUGGAGGGGGUCAGAGUUGUCUGGGGGGGGGGGGAGCUGGUUUGACCUCAGCACCACACAGCCUCCCCCUUACCCCCCCCUCUCCGGGAUGGGGGAGAGAAUCAGAAAAAUGAAGCCUGUGGGUUGAGAUAAAGACAGUCCACUAGGACAGAAAAUAAAGGAAAAUAAUAACAACAAUGAUAAGAGUACUACUAAUAACAAUGUGUACAAAACAAGCGAUGCACAACGCAACUGCUCAACACCCACCGACCGAUGCCCAGCCUAUCCCUGAGCAACCGGUCCCCCCACCCCGGCCAGCC